AGGACGCAGCGCGGCUCGUCCGGUGUACUCCGUUAGAAAACAAACAGACUUACAGUAAAGUUAGAAUCAGAGCGGAGGAAUUUUGGUAAAACGAAAGCUGACCGUCUCCUCUUCGCGGUGUUCGCCGUCAACUGUAUGACAGCGCAGCGGAGAGGGAACUUCUACCACUCCGCGGGACACCCUGGAAAAGACGGAGAAACCUCAGGAGGAUGUCCAGUGCCAAGGGCUGGCGCUGAAAAUCGUUACGACAGGAUGUGAGGCGCACCGGAAGAAAGUAGAGACCGAGGCCAACGACGUUAUGUUGGUCCGGAGCUCGCACGGCCGGCGCCGAGCCAGGGUGACUCAUGCCGUGAUUGUGAUCUUUCUGGAGUUCUUCGCCUGGGGGCUUCUGACCACGCCCAUGCUGACUGUCCUAAAGGAGACGUUCCCUCAGCACACCUUCCUGAUGAAUGGUCUUGUGCAAGGCGUCAAGGGUUUCUUGUCGUUUCUGUCGGCUCCUCUAGUUGGUGCGCUGUCAGACAUCUGGGGAAGAAAGUCCUUCCUCCUCCUCACGGUCUUCUUCACCUGUGCCCCAAUCCCCUUCAUGAGGAUCAGCCCCUGGUGGUACUUUGCUCUGAUCGCAGUCUCAGGGGUUUUCUCUGUGACCUUUUCCGUGAUUUUUGCCUACGUUGCUGACAUCACAGAGGAGCGUGAGAGGAGCACGGCGUAUGGACUGGUGUCUGCAACCUUCGCUGCCAGUCUGGUGAUGAGUCCAGCCAUCGGGUCCUACCUGUCUGAACAUUAUGGCGACAGUCUCGUGGUUCUGGUUGCCACGGUGAUUGCCGUGGUCGAUAUUGCCUUCGUGUUCUUCCUGGUUCCCGAGUCUCUGCCGGACAAGAUGAGGCUAUCAUCGUAUGGCUUCCCCGUCUCCUGGGAGCAGGCCGACCCGUUCUCUUCGCUGCGUCGAGUUGGAAAUGACACCACAGUCCUCUUGAUCUGUGUCACCGUGUUCCUGUCCUACCUGCCUGAAGCUGGACAAUACUCGAGCUUCUUCCUCUACCUGAAGCAGGUGAUUGAGUUUUCAUCUACAGCCAUCGUUGGCUUCAUCGCCAUGGUGGGAAUCCUCUCCAUCAUCGCUCAGACCCUCCUGCUGAGUCUUUUAAUCAGGACCAUUGGUAAAAAGAACACAGUUCUGCUGGGUCUGGGCUCCCAGAUCCUGCAGCUCCUCUGUUACGCCUUUGGUUCCGAGAAAUGGAUGAUGUGGGCUGCAGGAACGCUGGUGGCCAUGUCCUCCAUCACCUUCCCAGCAGUCUCUGCUUUGGUGUCUCACAACGCGUCAGCCGACCAGCAAGGUGUUGUCCAAGGGAUGAUCACAGGUAUCAGAGGUCUCUGUAACGGAUUGGGUCCGGCUCUCUACGGCUUCAUCUUCUACCUCUUUAAUAUGGAGUUGACGGACACACAGCCAGUGGCAGGAAGACAAAACACAGAGCAGAGAUCCGGAAUACCGGGCCUGCCCUUCCUGUUCGGAGCGUGUUCCGUUCUCCUGGCCGUGCUCGUUGCCAUCUUCAUCCCGGACCAGAACCGACUUACCGACACCAAGGCUUCCUGCGCCAACAAAUCCACCAAUGCCUCCACUGCUUGUACUCAGAACGGAGGCCCUGUGGCCACGCCCACCAGUGAUGCGGAGGACAUUGAGCCGCUCCUCCAGGACGCCAGCAUGUGACUAUCAGCCAAUCAAAGGGCUGAUACUUGUCUGAUGGUGCUGCCCACCUGUUUUACUGACUGCUUCGGUAUUUGUUUUACACGAGUGAGGAUUAUUUAUUAUUGUUGUCGGUUUAACUUGACUUUUGAUCAGCUCAAGAGUUCUAGCUCCUCCCUCAGGUGUGCUGGGCAGGUUAACCAAAGGGCUUUAAACUCUGAGAGGACCGGACUUCAUGGCAACAGCCCCCCAAAUCAGGACGACACCAAACACAGAAAUAUUUCUCUGUUGUUUCAACCGAAAGAAGAAACAAGCCGCUUGAGAUUAUGGGAUACCACCUGGACUAGUAAAAGGGUUUUUGUUUUCUGGAUGUUAUUGCUGGUUACCAUGACGACAGCCACCCUUCUGCAAACCAUCCGGUCAGGAAUGAAAAUGGACUUCUCAGCUUUUAGCUCCGUUUUUUUUCGUCAGACUGAGCGAAGGAAUUCCCAUUGUUUGUUUUAUUGAAUCCUCCCCAGAUCAGAACCGGGUCCCGUUUAUUCGGAUCAACGAUGACUAAACAUUCCUGUUGUUAUUUCUGAAGCUUCUCAGCCUGAGUGUGCUUGAUUACUUGAUGUGUGUCAGGCUGAAGCUCGUUGAUCCGAACCGGAAACCCAAACGGUGCCAUUUGUUCCUCUUUAUGUGAUCCAGUUACCUUCUAUUCCACGUUUGUUCACUAGACUGAAACAUUCCUAAAGAUGCCUCAGAACUGAUCAGUUACUAUGGUUACGGGGGUGCUGUGUCAUAGCAACGGCUCGAACGAGCUGCCUCCUCUAGGCUGAGUUAAGGCCGUUGGUUAAACUCUGAUGAACACCAGAGCUUUGGUGGGACGGUGUUUGUGGACGCAGCAUCAUCAGCAGUCCUGAGGAACUGAGACCGCAGAUGUUCCCUGCAGACUGGACCUGUCCCUCUGAAGUUCUGCUGAGUCAUCCGUGAAUGUCUCGUCCUGUUCUAGGCUUCAUGUUGUUGUUGCAGCUGCAGGAUCGGGUCCGAAUGCCGACCCAGGACAACGGCCGGUUUAACAUUUAGGCCAAAACUCCGGUCCUUAUUUAACUUUUCUGUUUUCAGCUUCUCAGAUUUGAUGCUUUGCAGCUUUUGUAUUAAAAAGAACUGAAUUAUUUCCAUGAAUUAAAAUUGAUGCCUAAAACAAAUCAGCUGCCUGUUAUUUUUACAUAAAUCCUAUUUAUUUUUAAAUCGGGUCAAGAGUCUGAUCACCUUGUUUUGUUUUAAAGCUGCAGAUGGGCUCAUUUCUCAGGCUGAAAUCAUUGGUUAAAUUAUUUCUGUUUGGGGGGGGGGGGGGGGGGGGCAGCACCAACAUGGCCGCCAGACUGAACGACAUGAUGAGAAAUUCAUCUGAACUUUUUGUUUCUGAACCGUUUACUGAGAGAAGUGUUUUAGCUGCUGUUACCAUGACAACGGGAAGUAACAUAUGCCGUCUCCUUCGUCUACAUGAUGCAGAACAUUUGCUGCACUUUAAUUUCUCUGACCGUGUGCCUAUCUCCACUCAUGUUCAUAUCUGUUUUUAUAUAAACUGAGAUGCUGAAAAAAGCUUCUUGUUGCAUUUUUGCAAUUUUAUCCUAAGAACAUAAUUUUAAUAUCUAUGACAAUAAAAACGAACAACUGUAAA